AUGCAGGUCUGUUUUUCUGAAGAAGAGUUCAAUUUGUGCUGUAAACAAGCUCAUAAGGAACAGUUACAGCAAUUAGAAAAGGCCCCAAACAAAUUUUUAAAGGAAUACUAUUUGAAGUUAUUUGGCGUCAACCAGAGAAGCCAUUUGGAACAAGCACCUUUCUUUGACGUUUGUGAACAAUUUCCCCAAGAUAUCAUGCAUGUCUUUCUUGAAGGAAUACUGGCUUACGAAUUUAAAUACUUGUUAAAAUAUUACUUCGAGGAGGAGAGCAUCUUCAACUUACAAGACUUAAACGAGGAAAUACGGAAAUAUCCUUGUGGAUACUCACAAAUUAAGAACAAACCAUGCUUUAUCAAGGCAACAGUCCUGGAUUGA